AUGGCGCGAGCGGAGAUUGACUCCUGGCGCGAGCGGCUGUCGACCCUGUCUCGCGAGGACCUGCUCGGCAUCGCGAGCGCCGCGCUCGUCGCCAACAGCGCCCUGGCCACCGGCACCGGCGAGGCUGACGCCACCUCCGACGCCGAGGUCAGGCGCCGCCGACGAAUGCGCCGCAAUGAGCGACGGCUCCUAAGGCGGAUGUCGAACUUGACCGUGGCUCAGGCCGGCGCGUGCUCUGUCGACGAGUCUCGACUGCUCGCACUCGGCGCCGAUGUCCUCUGCAACGUGGCACUCCACGUGCAUCAAGACUCACAACUCCCCCUCGCGCUUUGCUGCACUGCUGGAUUCGAUUCUGUCCGGGCGGCUUUGGGGCUCUCUCGGUCCGCCGGCGGGCCGGGCAGGCUGAUGACCCGCGUCGGCUCUAUCAUCGGACGAACGCCGGCAUACACGGAGUGGGCGUUGAGCGUGGGGUGCCCGGCAGCGAGCGCCGUCUCUGCAGCAGCACGAGCCGGCGAUCUCGAUGCGGUCAUGUGGCUUCGCCGGCGGGGCUGCCCCUGGACGGCCGGGGCGGAGCAGGCGGCGGCGGAGCAGGACAUGUUCCACGUUCUGCUGUGGGCCGAGCGGACCGGCUGCCUGCAGACGCGGGCGAGGGCGCUGUACGACAUGAAGGAGGCGCGGCAUACCCCAGACACUGCCCACCUCACUGCCACCUAG